AUGCAGGUGACGGAGACCCUCGCGGAAGGACUGAGGCGCGAGCUCAAGGUAACGGUGCCCGCCGCCGACCUCGAAGCCGAUAUCGAGGGGCGGCUCGACGAGUUGCGCAAGACCGUGACCAUGAAGGGCUUCCGGCGCGGCAAGGUGCCGCUCUCGAUCGUGCGCCGUCAAUACCAGCCGCGCGUGCUGGGCGAGGUGCUGCAGCAGACGAUCGAGACGAGCUGGCGCGAGGCCGUCGAGGAGCGUGAGCUGCGCCCGGCCAUGCAGCCCGAGAUCGAGAUCACGUCUUACGACGAAGGCAAGGAUCUCGAGUUCACCAUGGGGAUGGAGAUCCUGCCGAACAUCGAGUUCGGCGAUUUCUCCGAGCUCGCUGUUACGCGGCUCAAGGCCGAGGUGAGCGACGAAUCGGAGGAGGACGCGCUUGGCCGCCUCGCCGAAGCCGAGAAGCGUUUCGAGCCGGUCGGCGAGCCGAGGCCGGCGCGGGAAGGCGACGAGAUCCUGGUCGACAUCGCCGUCGAGGUCGACGGCAAACCGGCGCCCGAACGGAGCGGCACGGACGUACCGCUCGAGCUCGAUGCCGAAGCGCUCAUGCCCGAAAUGACCGAGCAGCUCGUCGGCGCGGAGGCUGGCGAGGAACGCGAGGUGACGAUCACCCCUCCAGCGCCGACGCCCGAGGGCGAAGACGGCGCGGAGGAUCAGGCCGGAGCGGCCGAUGCCGCCACCCUGUUCAAGAUAACGGUCAAGGAGGUGCGGGAGCGGCUGCCCGUCACGGUCGACGAAGCCUUUGCCGAGCGCCGCGGCGCCAAGGACCUGGACGAGCUGCGCGGCGUGAUCCGCGAUCAAAUUCAGUCGGAGUACGAGCAGGUCUCGCAGGCCCGGCUCAAGCGCUCGCUGCUCGAUGUCCUCGACGAGCGCUACAAAUUCGAGGUGCCGCCCGGCAUGGUCGAGCGCGAGUUCGACGCCGUCUGGCAGCAGAUCGAGAACGACGCCAAGAGGGCCGAGACGGAAAUCGCCACGCUCCUCGAUCAAACGGAGGAGGAGGCGCGGGAAGAGUUCCGCCAGAUUGCCGAGCGGCGCGUGCGUCUCGGCCUCCUGAUCGCCGAGAUCGGCGGCGCCAACGACAUCACCGUCGAGCAGGAGGACUUGCUCCGCGCCGCCAUGAUGAGCGCCCGCGGCCAUGCCGAGCCGCAGCGUCUCCUCGACUACUACAGGAACCAACCGCAGGCGCUCGAACGAUUCCGCCCCACGGUAUUCGAGGACAAGGUGAUCGCCUUCUUGAGCGAGCUCGCCACGGUCUCGGAUGAGGUGGUCGAUGUGGAGACGUUGCUGCGCGAUCCGGACGAGGACGAGAAACCGUCGGACUCCGAAACAGCCCAGGCCGGUGAGGACGAGAGUGCUGCGGCCGAUGAGGGCGAGAGCACCGCGCCGGACAAGUCGGGCUGA